UCUAGGACUCUAGGUUUUGUAAUAGACCUCUGUUUAAUUUUUUUUUUAUAUCGUUAUUCCAUGACAUGAUGACAUCAUUGACAAUUUGCCAUGUUGCUUGAUGCUUAUCUCUGACUCAAAAAAGUCUAACACAAAAUAUUUGAUCUAAAUUUUAAGUUCUUCUCUAUUAAAUUACCUAUUCUAUAUGAAAAGAUGAAUUCUCUUGAUCUUGAUGACUGCUUCCAAACUGCUCUGGACUUGGCAAAAGAAGCUGGCUUGAUUAUCUCAGAAGCCUUCAAGAAAGCUAAGAAAGUAGAGGAGAAAACAUCUCCAAGGGACUUGGUGACUGAGACUGACAAGCUCAUUGAAGAUCAAGUCAUCUCUAAGCUACAAGAACUUUACCCCAAUCACAAAUUCAUAGGAGAAGAAUCCACAGCUGCUGGAAUUAAAUGUGAGCUGACAAACGAUCCAACAUGGAUCAUCGAUCCAGUGGACGGGACCUUGAACUUCGUCCACAGCUUCCCCUACACCUGCAUUUCGAUUGCACUGUGGGUCGACAAGAAGCCGUGUCUUGGUGUGGUGUAUAAUCCAGUUCUUCAGCAGCUCUACACUGCUAGGAAAAAUGCUGGAGCCUUUCUCAAUGGAGAAAGAAUUCGAGUUUCUGGCAAAGAAGAUUUAUCUCGGUCUCUGGUGGUGAUGGAGAUGGGCUACCGUCCAGAUGAGAAGAAGAUGGAAGUUGUGCAUAGGAAUGCCAAGAAGCUCAUUGAACGUUGCCAUGGGACGCGCGCCCUGGGCUCGGCAGCGCUGGACAUGUGCCUGGUAGCUGAAGGCGCUGCCGAAGUCUACUGGGAGAACGGGCUACAUGCCUGGGACAUGGCCGCCUCGGUGCUCUUAAUCACAGAGGCCGGGGGAGUGGUUCUUGAUAUCACGGGUGGCCCCCAUGACCUGAUGAACCGCCGUGUGCUGUGCGCCGCGUCUCCGCAGCUGGCGCAACAGAUGGUCCAGCUGCUCGAGGUCUACGAUGAAGACCGCGACUAGUGCGUGGUCUGCAUGGUGCACAGACCGGUCUGGUAUCUGGUGCACAGACCGGUCUGGUCCAUGGUGCACAGACCGGUCUGAUGUAUGGUGCACAGACCUGUCUGGUGUAUGGUGCACAGAAUUGUCGGGUGUAUGGUGCAUAGGCCGGUCUGGUGUAUGGUGCACAGACCGGCCUAGUGCAUGGUGCACCGACUGGUCUGGUGUACGGUGCACAAACUUGUCUGGUGUAUGGUGCAGUUGCCGGUUUGAUGAAUGUGACAGUUGUUGUGAUAAUCUGAUGCACUGCGCAAUGAAUUAUGUUGUACUCAUCAGUUUUAUUGUGCUCUGAAAGAUUGUACCGCAUUGCGCACGAUUGUACUACGCGAUAGCUGUGCAUUAAUGUGCGGCGGAAUACCUAGCUGUCCCGUGAGCAGUGCACAUGUUAUAGUUACGUACAAUUUUGUAGUGCGAGAGCUCUGUGUCGUUGUAUGGAUAUAUUCGGUUGAGUUGCAGAGCGCAGUGAUCGUGCAGCAAGCUCACGGUUGACCAAAAAGCAAGCAUAGCGACACCUGGCAGCUUACUUCUGGUGCACUCGGGUUGAAUUUGCCGCUUUUGGACUGUAUCGCUGCAAGUGUUGUUACUAACAACUCGUUAGUUAAUUCAGGCCAUAUUUCAAAAGAUUUAAGUGCAAUUGUAAAUUAAACACCAGCUCAACUGGUUGAACUGAUCAUCAUUUGGGAAUAUUUUUUAUGUAAAGAUGCUUUGUUUCAGACUUCUAGCCUGAAUCGUGAAAUUAUUAGUGGGGUUUUAACACAUAUCAAGUAGUUUCUAGGUUUCAAGAAAUAAACUGUUAAUGUGCUCACAUUUCCGAGGAAUUCAUUCUGAGAGCUUCAUUCACUUUUUAAACUUCCCGCUCAUAACUAUUAAACCUAUUAAACUAAGUUUAAGUUAAUUUAACUAAGUUAAGUUUAACUAAGUUAAGUUAGUUAACUAAGUUUAAUUAACACCAUCCCCGCCACAAAAUAAUCGUGGCUCUUAUGCACCUAUAAUUAUGAUUUAAAAAUAAGCAUUCCGCAUAAUUGUUAGAAAUUGUCUGUAAUUGAAUAUUAGGCAGCUAGCAUUGCAAAAGUUACAAAAGUAUUCAAAGCCUUCAAUAUAAUACACGCUUUCUGUUAAAGUUGAAAAAAAUUUACGCUAGAUUUCAUAUGCUUUUUAUACUGUUUUCAUAUUUUCCAUUACUUAAAUUUUGUUCCAUAGGACAUUUACAAAUUCCUGAUGUACAAUGGAGCUUUUGUUUUGCAGAUUUAUGCUCGAGAGAAAAUAUUAAGUAAUAAUCUAGACAUUAAUAAUUAUAAUUAUUACUGCCUAAAUAAAUAUUUUUAUAUGCAUACAUAUGCCAAGUAUUUCUCUUAUCUUUUAUGUAUUUUUGUCUCUGAACUGUCAUAGUGACCUGCUGAUCUCUCAAUUGCUGGGUAUCGCGUAAGCAAUGCAAAACUUUCCCUGUAUUGAUGGGGCCAGUAAACUAACUAAGGAGUGUCGGCUUAUUUAAUAAUAAUAUAAUAAUAAUAAUAAUA